GCCAAUGACUAUCUAGUUAUUUUGGGAUAAACUUUUGUAGUAACCCAAACACACCCUAAGAUUUGGCUCAAUCUUUUACUAUAUAAUAAGCUUUAGAGAUUCUCAUGAAGUAUAUGCUAGCUUCCUUUCUACCCUAUAUCAUAUCCCAAUAUAAUAGCUUUUCUUACAUAAUUCACCAACUUCAUCCAUUUCUCAACUUCAAGAAAAUCACACAUGCACGUCCACAUGAAAGCUGAGUUAAAAGCAGCAUCAAUUUCCUUCCAAAACCAAACACUCUUCAACACACACCAAACCACUCCUCCUCUACCUGAACCAGAAGCACUUAAAGGUUGUCUAGGAAGCUUAGAUGGAGCAUGUAUUGAAAAGCUUUUACUUCAUUGUGCAAGUGCUUUAGAAAGCAAUGACAUAACCUUAGCUCAACAAGUUAUGUGGGUCUUAAACAACGUUGCUUCACCCUUAGGUGACACAAAUCAAAGACUUACUUCAUGGUUCCUUAGAGCAUUAAUCUCUAGAGCUUCAAGAAUUUGUCCUGUUUCAAUGAAUUUCAAAGGAAGUAACAUAAUUCAAAGAAGAUUGAUGUCGGUUACCGAACUCGCCGGGUAUGUUGAUUUAAUUCCUUGGCAUAGGUUUGGAUUUUGUGCUUCAAAUAAUGAAAUUUUCAAAGCAAUUAAAGGAUUUAAAAGGGUACAUAUUUUAGAUUUUAGCAUAACACCUUGUAUGCAAUGGCCUACUUUUAUAGAUUCUUUGGCUAAAUUACAAGAAGGUCCUCCUUCACUUAGAAUCACAGUUCCAUUUUUUAGGCCAAUGGUUCCUCCUUUGGUCAAUAUCUCAAUACAUGAAGUUGGUCAACGUUUAGGUAAUUUUGCAAAGUUUAAGGAUGUCCCUUUUGAAUUUAAUGUUAUUGGAGAUAAUGUUUCAUUGACUUCUGAAGAAUUGAGCAAUAUUGAAUCAACAAAUUUUCAUUUUGAAUCAAUGUUGAAUCUCUUGAAUCCUAACAUGUUAAGUCUUAGGGAAGAUGAAGCUUUGGUUAUAAAUUGUCAAAAUUGGCUACGAUAUUUGUCCGAUGAUCGAAAAAGUCAAAAUAUUUCGAUUCGAGACGCUUUUAUAAAUUUAGUUAAAGGACUUAACCCUCAAAUUGUGCUAUUGGUUGAUGAGGAUUGUGAUCUUAGUUCAUCAAGUUUAACAUCAAGAAUUACAGCUUCUUUUAACCAUUUAUGGAUACCCUUUGAUGCAUUAGACACUUUUUUACCUAAAGAUAGUUGUCAAAGGACAGAGUUUGAAUCUGACAUAGGACAAAAAAUUGAGAACAUUAUAAGCUAUGAAGGGAAUCAAAGAAUUGAGAGAUUGGAAUCAGGGUUGCAAAUGUCACAGAGAAUGAAAAAUGCUGGUUACUUUAGUGUUCCAUUUUGUGAUGAAACUAUUUUGGAAGUUAAGGGUUUGCUUGAUGAACAUGCUAGUGGAUGGGGAAUGAAAAAGGAUGAAAGCAUCUUGGUUCUUACAUGGAAAGGAAAUAGUUGUGUGUACGCGACCGCUUGGGUCCCUAACGAAAUUAGGGAUCAUAUCGGUUUGAAUGCACAUGUGUAGACCUGAAGUGUCUAAUCCACACAUUUCAUGCAGUCUUGUAGUCAGUAAACCUGAAUUGUCCGAUCUAGACGUUUCAUGCAGUCAUGUAGUCAGUAGACCUGAAUUGGCUUAUCUAGACAUUUCAUAUUUUAACCUUAGUUGAGUCAUUCGAACAAAUCAGACUUGCUUACUGCGCGGCUGUAAUUGUAUGACGGUAGAGAAUUCAAAUCGCUUAAGAGACAAUUUUGAGAUAUGGGUUUCUAUGUAAAACGGCUAUGCAUUUAUGAUGAGAAUUAUUUCUUUGUGGUAAAUGUGUAAAGAACCACUGCAAAUUGAAGGGUCACAUGAAAGGCAAAAAGGAAAAUAAAGAAGUGUGUACGUUGUCCUUUGCAUGAGACAAAGUUGUCUCUUAUAGCAAUGUUUUUCUCUUUUAUGCAGCUUUAGUUUUGUUUCUAUUUACACCUCUAUAAGUGGUUGUAAGAAAAUAUCAGAUCUUGUUAUGUAUUGCUCAGUUCUAAUAAUAUAACUUUUAAGAUUAGCUUUUAAUAGAUUGUAUAUGCUGCUUCAAGAAAAAAGAUUGUAUAUGAAUUUUCAUGUAAGGUUUUAUGAAAAAUAUGUCCUAUUUUGAGCCCUCUACUAAAUGAAAAAUAAACAUG